AUGUCGCAGGGAACGCAGCCCGGAGAGGACGCGUUCAGCAUACUGGUGGCGACGGACAACCACCUGGGGUUCAUGGAGAAGGACGAUGUGCGCCGCCACGACUCCUUCACCGCCUUUGAGGAGAUCUGCAAGCUCGCCCAGUCGCUGCAGGUGGAUUUCCUGCUGCUGGGCGGGGAUCUGUUUCACGACAACAAGCCAUCGCGCGCCACGCUGGUGCGCACAAUCGACAUUCUGCGCCGCUACUGCCUCAGCGACAACCCCGUUCGCUUCCAAGUCGUCAGCGACCAAACCCUCAACUUCCCCAACUCGUUCGGCCACGUGAACUACGAGGACGAGCACUACAACGUGGGCAUGCCCGUCUUCACCGUGCACGGCAACCACGACGACCCCGCUGGCAUCGACAACCUAUCAGCGGUGGACAUCCUGUCAUCAUGCAAUCUGGUGAACUACUUUGGCAAGUCCAACAUGCCGGAACAUGACGCCGCUCACAUCACCCUGCACCCCGUGUUGCUGCGCAAGGGCGCGAACCGCAUCGCGCUGUACGGGCUGGGGUACAUGCGGGAUGAGCGGCUCAAGAUGAUCAUGGAUAACCCACAGGGGCUGCAGUGGAUUCGACCAGACGAGCCGGGCACGAGUGAGGACGACUGGUUCAACAUCCUCGUGGUGCACCAGAACAGGGCGGUGCGCAUGACGGGGGCAAAGAAGGUGGUGACGGUGGACGAGAGCAAGUUCGCGUCCUUCCUGGACCUGGUGCUGUGGGGGCACGAGCACGAGUGCCGCAUUGAGCCCGAGGCACCAGUGGGAGCAAACUACUACAUAUCACAGCCGGGGUCGUCGGUGGUGACGCAGCUGGCAGAGGGCGAGGCCAAGCCCAAGCACGUGCUGCACCUGCUCGUCCAGGGCAACAAGUUUGAGUCACGCAACAUCGCCCUCACCACUCCACGCCCGUUCGAAUAUGCCGAGGUGACGUUGAGGAAUGCGCAGGGAGUGAACGCCAGGGACCCGGAGGAGCUCGCGCUCUUCCUCUCCGCCACUGUGCAGCGCAUGAUAGCCAAGGCGGAGAGCAGCUACAGGGAGAGGCGAGCAGCACAGCUGCCAGAGGGGCUGCUGGAUGGGGGCGGCAGUGGUGGCAGAGAGGGGAGCAGGGAGGGGCCGGUGGACUACUCGGGCUUCUCCACCAUCAACUCGCAGCGCUUUGGGCAGCAGUUCGUGGGCAAGGUGGCGAACCCCCACGACAUGCUCAUGUUCUUCAAGGCGCCCACCAGGAAGCCCUCCACCACCGUUUUGGAGGUGGGCGAGGAGAGGGUGGUGCAGCCGGACGAGCUCAAUCAGAGCAACAUCGAGCAGCUGCUGCGAGACAGCAACGUGAAACUGGAGGUGCUGUCGCUGGGCGGGCUGGCGGAGGCGCUGCAUGGGUUUGUGGGGCGCGACGAGACGCACGCCUUCUCCUCCUUCCUCUCCUCCUCGCUCUCUGACACCCAGGCAUGGCUGGUGAAGGAGCAGGAGGGGGCGGGGCUGAGGGACGACGAGGACAUUCUCAGACUCGUGGAGCAGCGAGUGCUGCAGGUGGGGAAGGGGGGGAGAUACUGGUUGCAUGUGAUGAAUGCUUGCCCGCUGCUGUGGGCUGCUGCUACCAAGUGCUUCCUGCUGUGGCUGCAGGGAUCGAUGAAGCACACACCUUUCUCACUUGCCUCACCUGCUGCCAUCCCACCCACCGCUGCUCCAAGCAUCCGCCUUUCCGUCCCUCAACCCCCACCCUGCUCGGCAUGCGCGGUGUGCUCCUGGCAGGACAUGGAGAAGCGGGGUGGUGCGGCGGCGCCUGGCGAUGGCUCUGGCGAUGCAGGAGCAGCGCAGCCGAUGCCCGAUGUGAGUUCAGUCGUGGCAUGGAGCAGUCCAUGCCCUGCUCCCUGGCCCUUUCAAUCUGCAGACUCCAUCCCAUCCCAUGCCAUGCCACGCUGUGCUCCAUGCAAUCUCCCCACCUCCCCGCCCCCCCCACUCCCCACCUUCUCCGCCCUUCCGAUAUCCCCCCCGCGCCCCUCCCCCACCCUUUCGCCUGCCUCUACACUGCAGCGUGGCAGCAUGGACGCGCCCAAGCAGGGGGAGGAGAGGGAGGGGGGGGACGAGGGGGACGAGUGGGAGGCGGACGAAUGGGAGCAGGGGAGCAAGGGCAGAGGGGGAAAGGGGCGGGGAGGUAGGGGGAGAGGGAGAGGCAGUGCGAAAGCAGCGGCUGGUGAUGGGGUGUCGUUAAGAGGGGGGCGAGGAGGGAGGGGGAGGGGGCGCAGCAGCAGCGGGGGAGCAGGGGGAAGAGGAAUGAAGCAGGCGACGUUUGACAGUAUGGGGCUGCGAGGCAGGUCAACAAUAACAGCGACACCCGCAGGUGGGAGGGCGGCAGCGAGUGUGGGCAGCACCAAGGUGCCGGUUGAGGAGGAGGAGGAGAUCGAGGACGACGACCUGACCGGUCAGGGCAUGAUGGGUGCACCACGUGGGGCAGCCGAUGUGGACAUGGACAAAGAGGAGGAGGGGCCGGAAGAGGAGGCAGUGGGUCUGGGCUCCAGGGCAUCAGCAGCGCGAGCAGCCUCCCAGCGCCGCUCUACUGCCGCUGCCUCCCCCAUGAGUCAGCGGGAGGGGCGGGGGAGGGGACGGGGCGCAGGGGCAGCAGCAGCAGCAGCAGCAGGGGGAGGGGGGAGGGGAAGGGGGAGGGGGAGAGCAGUGGUUGGUGGGUGGAGCAGUUUGGGUGUGUCAGGCGUUGGUACGGCAGGAGUGAGCGUGCAGAGUGACGGGGAGGAGAGUGAUGAGGAGGAGCAUGUGCGGCAUGGCGGCAUAGAGGAGGAGGAUGAUGAGGAGGAAGAUGGCGAGGAGGAAGAGGAGGAGCAGAGGGCGCGGGCAAAGCGAGCAAGAAGGGGCGUGGGUGGUGUGGUGGGUGGUUUCAGCUUCACACCCUCGCAAGUGAGUGUGGAGGAUGCAAUGUGUGACCCGCGAUUGU